CUAUAGGAAAACAAACAUGGCGGAUCUGUAAGCAAAAGUAGAAAAAUGUAAAAUUUCGGUGUUAAUUGUACAUAUAUUUAACAAUAAAACAUUGCCAUUUUUGCCAACCAAAAUAAAAAUGUUGCCACGUUUUUGAGAUAUGCUCAAUGGGAAUACCGAAUCGGCGACAACUUGUGUAUGUGGAGUGUAUUUUUUGGGUGUCGUGUCGCAAUGCGCCCAAUUGUUAUUACGUGACCUCGGAAACGCCGCAAAAGAUAGUUUGCACAAAAACAGAAAGCCGAAGAAAAAAAAAAUGCCGUUCAGCAUUCGCAUCCAACCAAACAGGAAAAGCGCACCAGAAUUAAUUGAAAUCCAGUAAAGUAAAUUUGAUAAAAUUGGUUUGCCAAUUGCCGCUUAAAUACAAAUACAAACAUAGAUACAAAUACCAUUGCAAGUGAAACAGAACGGGCAUCCAUUGAGAUGCAAAUGUAAAACAUCAUCCAGGCCCGAGUGAAAUUGAAAGACCAAAUUAACGAAACGAAAUGUCCGGGGGACGCGACAGCAGCACAAGUGGCACCAGCAGUGGCAGCAACUCCACCACAUCCGCAGCUGCAGCGACAUCUCCUGCGUCAACCCAGAGGCAGCGUGGUCGUCCGGCCAAGAGGGCCACCUGCACCUGGUGCGCCGAGGGGAAGCUGCCUCUGCAGUACGUUUUGCCCACGCAGACGGGGAAGAAGGAGUUCUGUUCGGAGACGUGCAUUGCCGAGUUCCGCAAGGCGUACAGCAAAGGCGCAUGCAGCCAGUGCGACAAUGUGAUCAGGGAUGGAGCACCCAACAAGGAGUUCUGCUCGAUUAUGUGCAUGAACAAGCAUCAGAAGAAGAACUGCUCAACUAGGCAUAGUGGUGGCGUUGGGUCGGGCGGGGGAAAGGGUAUACCCGAAAGCGAGCGCAAAUUGCUGAGCGGUGGAGCGCCCGCCCCAGCAGGUCCCUUCCAAUAUGAAAGCUUUCAUGUCUUCGACUGGGAUGCCUACCUGGAGGAAACUGGCAGCGAUGCCGCCCCUGCGGAGUGCUUUAAACAGGCCCAGAAUCCGCCCAUCAAUGAUUUCAAGAUUGGCAUGAAGCUGGAAGCUCUGGAUCCACGAAAUGUCACCUCCACCUGCAUUGCCACAGUCGUGGGUGUUUUGGGAUCCCGACUUCGGUUGCGUCUCGACGGCAGUGACUCGCAGAAUGAUUUUUGGCGCCUGGUAGACUCCACAGAGAUCCAUGCAAUCGGUCACUGCGAGAAGAAUGGUGGCAUGUUGCAGCCACCGCUGGGAUUCCGAAUGAAUGCCUCUAGUUGGCCAGGCUAUUUGUGCAAAAUCCUCAUCAACGCCAUGGUGGCUCCAGAGGAAAUCUUUCAGCCAGAGCCGCCAUCGCCGGAGGAGAAUCUCUUCAAAGUUGGCCAGAAACUGGAGGCGGUUGAUAAGAAGAAUCCGCAAUUAAUCUGCUGCGCCACUGUGGAUGCCAUCAAGGAUGAUCAGAUACACGUGACAUUUGAUGGCUGGCGUGGUGCCUUCGACUAUUGGUGCAACUACCGCUCCAGAGACAUCUUUCCCGCCGGAUGGUGUGCCCGCAGCUGUCACCCCAUGCAGCCGCCAGGCCACAAGUCCCGCAUGGACUCCAGUUCGAGCAAGCAGCGUUGCGCGCGUCCCCGCUACACUGUUGUCACCGAAUCGGAGGCCAUGGUCCCGGCCUCUCCUGUCACCGCCCACUUCCAUCCGAACUGCAAGGGCGGUCCGUUUAUCAACAACUCGAAGCUGCCAUGCAUGGUGACGGGACCGACGUACCAAACGCUGGCCAAGCUGUGUUUGCAGGAAGUCCUAGCUGCCAGCACGGAUACACAGCAGCUGUCCAAGCUGCUAUUCGCCUUAGAAGGAGACGUGCACAUUGUGACUGCGGCAGGAAAGAAUUUCACAGUUAAAAUCCCCUCGCCAAUGCGCAUGAAGGACGACGAGAGUCUUACCCAGUUCAUCGAGACGCUGUGUACCACAUGCCGGGCAUGUGCCAAUCUCAUUUCGCUCGUCCAUGAGACCGAAGAAUGCAAGAAGUGCGCCCAUAGUAGAAAACGUCAACUGACACAGUCGUCUACACCUCCCUCAUCGCCCGUGCUUUCGGACAAGCGAAAUCGGCCAUCCUCUGACAAGAUGGUGAUCAAGCAAGAAACGGGCGCCAAAUCGCCGUCGGAAAUGAAGUCCAAACCCCUGCCAAAUAAUGGGAAAGAGCAGACGAAUCAGAAUACUCAAAAUAGCCACAACAACGUGAGCGAAAGUAAACCUAGUGCGAAGGUGGUCAUCAAAACAGAACCCAAUGGUGUAACUGGUGGAGGGACAUCCACCACAACGCAGGCUCUGCGCAAGGUACGCUUCCAGCAUCACACAAACAACAACAACAACAACACUAGCAUCAUCAACAAUGGAAACACAGAGAUAAACCAAACCACGCCAGUGAGCAAUUCUUCGUCGUCAUCGUCGUCGUCGACUACAAGUUUGGCGGCAGGUGGGACAGCUAAUGCAAGCUCUAUUGGAAAAUACCUAGCCCCAUUGGUGGCCGAAGUGCAUCCGGAACAGAUCAAUGUGAAGCCCUCGAACAGCUAUUACAAAUCACCCACAACACUCUCCUCCAGCGCCUCGUUGCCAACAUCUGUGUCGACUCCAUUCACUGGCUGCCAAUCGGCAUCAUCCACUGCACUGGCUGCAGGGGGAGUGCCGGCACCCAAAGCAGCCACAGCGCCGGCAGGGGCAGCAGCAGAGGCAGCUUCCACCAGUUAUACAGCAAUUACCUCGCCCCUCAGCACACACUCGUCUGCAUCUUCCUCGCAUUUGCGCUCACAGCCAAUCGACUGGACCAUCGAGGAAGUCAUCCAGUACAUCGAGAGCAAUGAUCACUCGCUCUCAGUCCACGGGGAUCUCUUUAGAAAGCAUGAAAUCGAUGGGAAAGCAUUAUUAUUGCUUAACUCAGAAAUGAUGAUGAAGUACAUGGGUCUUAAGCUGGGACCAGCCUUAAAAAUAUGCAAUUUAGUCAAUAAGGUAAACGGUCGUCGAAAUAAUCUGGCACUAUAAA